UUUUCUUGCUUCAUUUCGUGGUCCAAGUUUUCGUUAUGGCACUUCUCACGAGUCCCACUAAAACCUUCAAAAGAAUUUAUUGCCUCGAUUUUUGACAUUUUAAUCUCUCAAAAAAGUCUUUUUCUCUAAACGAAAAGUCUAAAUUAUCUGAUUAUACAUCCAAUUGUCGGAAGUGUUCCGGCCUUGUUGGCCCAAUUGACGAAAAAAGCUCCGGUAAAUCGGCUCAAAAUUCUGACGCAAAAACCCCUCCCGCCAAAAACUCCCUAAACCAUAAAAACCCUUUUCCAAAAAAUGUGAAUGUGGUCUACCAGUGAUCAACUGAAUAAAAAAUUCUCUCACAAAAAGAAUAAAUUAACCUCCUCUUAUUUAUUCCCACUUCCUCCAUUGAAGUGCAGCCAUCUUUUUCGGCGAUUUCGAGGAAAAAGUGGACGAGAAGUCCUAAUUUUGUUGAUCCUGCUGCAUUUCUAAAGUGACAGUUCAGAGAUGAAGUUCUGACGUUUUAUCGUUUUUAUUCAGGAGAAAAUUCGACGAGGAAACGAUGUGUCGCGGGUGUUUUGAACUAUUAUCAUUUUUUUCGUGAAAGUGAUUUUGGAGCGAAGGUUUUGUGAAGGUUGGAGCGCAGCUGUGUUUUUGAAGGGAAAUUGCGAAAAUCGGGUUGGGGUCAAAGGUAGCAAAAGAGGAUUUUUAGGUUGGAAUUGUUGUGAAGUAUGUGCCUCAAGUGAGAAAAAUUGAUUUUUUCGAGAACCUGGGGAACUUGGUGAACGAGGAAAUCCAGGAUGGCCGUGAAUCCGAGGGACAUGGAUGGCUUCCUGCCACUCCUGUCAGAAACUGAUAUUAAAAAGAAACUGCACGUGGGAACUCUCCUUUUCAAUUAUUUGGGCAAUCCACUCAAGAGUAUAGAGUGCCAGGAUAUCGGAUUGUUCAUUGAUAACAUCGUACCCUGGCUCAACAAUGGCAGUCCAAAAGUCGUGCAAAAUGGAUUGGAGGUUUUAACAUUCCUAGCAGAUAGAAUGGGCACCGAUUUCAAGCCCUACAUUUCGUCGGUGAUUCCAGCGACUAUCGACAAAUUGGGUGAUAGCAAAGAUCAGACGAGAGAAAAGGCUCAGUUGGUGAUUCUGAAAAUUUUGGAAAAGGGCAGUAUGACCCCUCAACAACUGGUCGACAGACUGCAACCUGCAUUCAGUCAUAAAAAUGCAAAAUUGAGGGAGGAUGCCAUGAUUCUUCUCACGACUGCGCUUAACGAACAUGGAGCAGACGACAUGACACUUUCGGGAGUGAUACCAAGUAUCGUAAAACUUCUUUCCGAUCCGACCGAAAAAGUCAGAGAAACAGCUUUAAGUACUCUGACGGAUUUGUAUCGACAUGUAGGUGACAGAUUACGAGCAGAUCUUCAACGGAAACACAACAUUCCACCUUCGAAAUGGGCUUUGUUGGCUGAAAAAUUCGACCAGUUAAAAGCUGCCGGUGACCUCCUUCCCUCUGCAAUGUCUGCAGAUGUUGGAAAGGAGCCGGAUGAACCUGACAGAGCGAUACGAUCAGCUCCAGUGAAAAAGGUCACUACGAGUUUGCUGCAGAAGAAAAGUCAAUUUGGUCCAGCAAAACAAGUUCUCUCGAUGCCAGAUCCAGAUGUGAAUUCAAGGGCUACCAAUAUCAAAAGAAUUCCGUCAGUUAGAUCUGGAACAGGACAAGCUGGAGCAGUCGAUGAAGAAUCGUUUAUUAAAGCCUUCGAUGAAGUUCCUGAUGUGACGUUAUUUUCCGCCAAGAAUCUCGAGGAACAGAUGAAAAUAAUCAAAGACACGGUUGGAGACGAGAAAAAGGACUGGAAGUUGAGAACUGACAGUAUGAAGAAAUUAAGAGGAAUUAUUCUCGCCGGAGGUGCGAACUACGACAACUUCCCCGAAUGUCUGAAGAGCAUACAAAGGUCUUUCGAAACUGCCUGCACGGAUCUGAGGUCGCAGGUUGUUCGAGAAGCAUGCAUAACAUUGGCUUUUUUGAGCCAGCAUCUCAAAAACAAAUUCUCCAGCUUCGCGGAGGCCGUUUUACUCCAUCUGAUGAAUCUCAUUCAGAAUAGUGCCAAGGUGAUGGCUUCAGCGGGAGCAGUCGCAGUAAGAUUCAUCCUUCAGAACACUCACGGCCUUCGUCUAAUUCCAAUAAUCACCACAUCCAUGAAUCACAAAAGCAAAGAAAUCCGAAGGGCUUCUUGCGAGUACUUGAACCUUAUAUUAAAAUCCUGGCCUCAGCAGCUCCUCUCGAGGCACGUGAGUCUCCUCCAGGACGCAAUAAAAAAGGGAAUCGCCGAUUCUGAUCCCGAAGCUCGAUCCUUCGCCAGAAAUUCCUACUGGGCUUUCAAAGAUCAGUUCCCCGAACAAGCGGAGGUUCUUCUCAACAGUCUCGAUGCGACCUACAAAAGAUCUUUAAUGUCCCUGAGCAACAGUGGGAGUAUAAACAGUUUAAAUGCUGUCACGAGGACGACGAGCGUUAGCCCGCGAGCUUCUAGACCCGCUUUAAGUGCCGCAGGUAGCACUGAGAAUUUACAUCAUGCUCAGGGCCAGCCUCACGGCCCGCUUAGACGAACUCCGUCCUUACCACGAUCUUAUCGUCAAUCUGGGAUUCCGAUUCUGCAAAGACCCACUGAUAAUCACUGUCGAAUCGCACCAGGCGUUAGAUCAACAAGUGCCAUAGACCACCAAGCGGUUCAGAGAGCAAAAGCCAGGAUGAUGUACGCAAAUAUGAAUCGGCAGAAAGCCACUCUUCCUCGACAAAGUAAGUCUCCUGAUUAUACAGCGGUCCCUAGUCCAGAAAGAUCAGCUAGAACCAGAACAAGAGUUGCUGGAGUUUCACAGUCUCAACCGAGUAGCAGAUCGGGUUCGCCAUCAUCGAGACUUAGCUACGCAACUUACAGCCGCGAUGGUGAAUCUUUGGUACCUCGGCCAAGAAAAUUGUCGAGUCAUGGAAUUGGAAGUACCAGUAAUAGUCGUGAACCUAGUCCGCAGCGUUUUGGACUCGAUAGGAAUUACGGUUCCAAAUUAAGAGGACGAAAUCUGCACUCGUCGCCAACUGAUAGGCCACCCUCGAGGCCAGUUAUGGCGCAGAAAAUGCUCCAGCAGUCACGAGAAGCAGAAUCUGCAUUGGCAGAUGCCCUUACUUUUAACAGUAUGGAUAAUUAUAAUAGAACUCCAAAGGGAAAAGGCGAUCACAGUGACGAUAGCGAGACCAGUAGCAUUUGCUCGGAAUAUAGUUUGGACAGCUCCCGACGACCCAGUGACUCAUUCUCGUGGAGCGGCUCGCAACAGAGACUCUACCGAGAUUUGUGGGAUCAAUCUAUCCCCAAGGACAUUAAAGAAAUCAUAGAAAACUGCAGUCGCAAGCACUGGAGUGACAGGAAGGAAGGUUUGGUCGGCCUUCAAUAUUUUCUUUCCAACGGACAAACCCUUUCAGGCUCGGAAUUGCGCAAAAUAACCGAUAUUUUUUCAAAAAUGUUUAUGGAUUCUCACACAAAAGUAUUUAGUCUCUUUUUGGACACACUCAAUGAAUUAAUUGUGACGCAUAAGGAAGAUUUGGGAGACUGGCUUUACGUUCUCUGCGCCAGGCUUCUCAACAAACUUGGAACUGAUUUGCUUGGAUCUGUCCAGGCGAAAAUUCACAAGACUUUGGAUAUCAUAAGAGACUGCUUUACUGGAGAACAACUGCUACCGGCAGUGAUGCGUUUUUUGACGGAUCCGACUCAAACGCCAAAUUCCCGCGUGAAGGUCGCCACCUUGACCUUCAUCACCCAAAUCACAGAAACCUCGGAGCCAUCGGCGUUGACCAGUUCGGCGGGAACGGCCCUCGCUCGUCUGAUUGACUGGACGAAUGACGUCAAAAGUCAGGACGUCAGGAGGCACGCUCAGAGCACUGUUAUCGCAUUGUAUAAUUUAAAUCCCUCACAAGUUACCAUGAUUCUUUCUGAAUUGCCAAAAUAUUACCAGGAAGCUGCGUUGCCUCUGGUACAAAAUCACUUGAGAAGAUCAUCAGGAACGAGCAAUCCGUCAUCCCCGAGCACUCCACCUCCGAGGGUUCCCCAUUCGCCCGCUAGGAGGCUGCAGCCAGGAGUAAGAAGCGAAGUUGAUUCUGGAGACGACCAUCUUAAUCCAGAAGAAGUUUACAAAUCUUUAAGGCGCACAACUGCGGAAAUCCAGAAUUAUGGCUUUGAACGUUUAGAAAGAGCAACGACGAGCAAAGACAGUGGAAUUAGCAACAUGGCAGACGUGGAGGAAAGAAUUGAGUCUCUCACUUUAACGAAUUCGGGUCGAUCCUCGUCUGUUUCUUCGCCAACGCAAAGGGGAAGACCUGUAACGAAUGCAAAUGUUAAUGGCACAGCCGAAGGACCAGAAGCUGAUCACACGCCGCCACAAGAAAAUAACGGCUUCAAAACUCACGGUUCGUCUCCAGACUCGUUGAGGGGACCCGAAGUUGUCGACAAUGUGAUAAAAAUUCUCCAGUCGACAGGAACCGAGGAACAAGACACCAGAAGUGCACUUCAAGAAUUUCAGUUAUAUCUUCGUGAUGGAGGAGACGUUUCCUACGUGAAACAAAAUUUCAAGAAACUAUUGAAAACCCUGCUCGAGAAUUUGGCGAACGAGCACGUGAAAGUUGUCCCGGAUGUCCUGAAUGCUCUUAUGGAAAUGGUCAAGUGUUCCGAGCUUCGGGAAAUCUUUUUAAAUUAUGCCGAUCUUCUCGUCCUGAAGGUCAUACACGCCCACAAAUUUGAAGAUCCGAACGAAGAGGUCGGAGCUCCUAGAUUCACAGUAGAGACAUUUGAGGUUCUCCGAAUUGCGGAGAAAUGUGCAGCGACCCUUGCAACAGUAUUGCCUCCAGAUCAGAUAAUAAAUUUAGCGUCGUCUCUGAGUUCGACAGAAGUCUAUCCGAGAAAUAUGGGCGCGAUAAAAAUGCUUCAGAAGGUUGUGGAGCAUCACGGGAGAGAAGUGAUUGAACCUUACCUCGAUCAAGUCAUGCCUAACUUAAUUAAGGCCUACGAUCACAGGGAGAGCAAAGUACGGAAGAGCGCAGUAUUUUGCAUGGUGGCGAUCCACCAGGCGGUCGGAGAAGAAAAGCUGAAGCCCCAUUUGAGUUCGCUUUUCGGCAGCAAGUUAAAAUUGCUUAAUAUUUACAUCCAGCGGGCUCAGCAAUCAGCCAGUCAACCUGCUAGUCCACGCAGCAGUAGUAAAAACUAACUAGCGUCAAAUGCUGUGUCGCUCAGGAUCGCGAUCCUCAAAAAAUUCGCGCGCUGUUCACGUUUUUUUAAUAAAUCAAGUUGACGUGUAUAUAUUUUUUCUUUUUUUUUAUAUAUAUAUAAACAAAACAGUAAUUAAAUUCCUCCUUUGUUAUAUCCGCCUUUCACAAUUCAUAUUAGCUGUCCAACGAAAAGGAUUUGUAGUCUUUUCAUGCUAUAAUUAUUUAAACAAAGUUUAAUAUGUACUUCGCGCUAUUAUUAUAAUUAUAAUGAUAUUAAUGUACCUAUUGUUAUUAUAUUACUAAUAAAGUGCAAGAGGAUUCUUUCAAUCGUUCUGUUUUGCACUGAACCUCAUGCGCUUGCAAACAGGA